AUGGAUCAAUCCUACUCUUCUAUUAAACCCAAUCAAGAAAUUCUCACUUAUGAACCAACUGCUGAUGAGAAAAAAACGAAGAUUGGAAAAUAUACUAUUAGAAGAUUAUUUGAAGGAGAACUCGAUGAAUAAGAUAAUGCAGCCAUAAAUAAAUUUCUUGAAGAAGCAGGACCUUUCCAAAAUCCCAUUUGGACAAGACCAUAAAUUUUAAGAUUCUUAUAAGCUAACAAUUUUAAGAAGGAUUAAACAAUUUAAACCAUGUAGUAAUAUGAAGAAUGGGUAAAAACCUUACCAAUCAGUUUCGAUUAACAAGUUGAAUAAUUUCUCGUAUGUUUUUAAUCAUAAUAAUAAUUAGAAAGCUGGAAUUAUUUACAUAUAGGGAAGAGAUCAUUCCUAUAGACCUAUUAUUGUACUUAAUGCAUAUAAAGUUAAUUUUAAUGAAAUGAGUCUUGAAUAAUAUUUAAAGGGAUUGACUUAUUUCUUACAAGUAGUCGUUAAUGAUAUGAUGGUACCAGGCAGAGUUGAAAAUUGGGUCAUCUUAAUAGAUCUCGAUUAUAAAGGUAUGAUUGGACUGUAAAUUAAUGUAAAACUAAUUAGUAAUAUUACAAGGCCUUAAAAUAAGUGAUGUCAUAUCUAUAAAAUAACUAUAGAUCUAGAUUGUAUAGAAUGUUCAUUUUUAAUACAACUAUGAUGUUAAAUGUGACUUGGAAUAUGGCUAAGUUAUUUUUGGAAGAGAUAACCUAAUAAAAAAUAAUAUUUGUUAAAGGAGAUGUAUGAAAAAUUCAUUUACUUAGGUUAAAUAACUGUUUUAAUCUGUGAAUUAAGAGUAAAUUGAGUAGAGGUUUGGAGGAACAUAAACAAAUAGAGUUGAGUUUUGGCCUCCAUCAAUUGUUAGUGCAAACUUCAGAAAGAAUGCUUGA